AUGUAUAGCAAAAGAGAAACUGCUGGAGUUCGUGAUGCCUCCCCGGAUGUUCCUCCACCGCCCUCGCCUACCGCACUCUCGGAGUCAUCACGCGCUAGUACCGCGUCUUGGGAGCCCCCAAUAGACGGUUCACUCUUCGAGGAAGCUGCUGAAGACGGUCCUCGGUCAGGGCCAUUUUCUGAUAACGAUAUGGACAUGGAGGGAGCUCCUGCUAUUGCUGAGGACCAUGCAAGACCAAAUGCCAGGAAGGAAAAAGCUGCCUUCAACGCGACGCGAGAACCUGGCAAAUCGCAUCUGCCAUUCUCGAGAGUGCAGAAAAUCCUGAAGGCAGACAAGGAAUUGCCUCUCGUGCAAAGAGAAGCGGUCUGGCUUAUCUCAGUAGCGACGGAAGAGUUUAUCAAGCGUAUGGCAGAAGCAGUUGAACGUAUGGCAGCUCGAGAGAGACGGACAACAGCGCAACAACGAGACGUCGCCUUGCUCGUGCAGAGAGCAGACGAAUAUGCUUUCCUGGAGGGACUUAUCGAGGAGCAGUCUGUACGACGCAAACCAGUAGCACCAUAG